UUCAUGGGUCCGUCGGCGGGGAUGAACGUGGCCGGGAUGGGCGGCCUGAGCGGCAUUGCCGAGGGCGCCAAGGCCAUCGUGCCGCUCCACGCGGCCCCGCGGAGGAAGAGGAGGGUGCUCUUCUCCCAGGCGCAGGUCUACGAGCUGGAGCGGCGCUUCAAGCAGCAGAAAUACCUGUCGGCGCCGGAGCGGGAGCACCUGGCCAGCCUGAUCCGCCUCACUCCCACCCAGGUGAAGAUCUGGUUCCAAAACCACCGCUACAAGAUGAAGCGGGCUCGGGCCGAGAAAGGUAUGGAAGUGACUCCUCUCCCCUCGCCGCGGCGGGUGGCCGUGCCGGUGUUAGUCAGGGACGGCAAGCCCUGCCACACGCUCAAAGCUCAGGACUUGGCAGCCGCGACUUUCCAGACGGGAAUCCCCUUCUCCGCCUAUAGCGCCCAGUCUCUACAGCAUAUGCAAUACAACGCCCAAUACAGCGCUACCAGCAACCCCCAGUACCCCACAGCACACCAUUUGGUACAAGCUCAGCAAUGGACUUGGUGAACGCUGGAAGGGAACGCGCACACACGCACACACUACCCACACCCACACACCCAUACAUUAAAAAAAUUAAAAGGAGA